UGCCAAGCAUAUGUGUGAUUUCUUGGAUGGGACAGGAUUGCAUAGGCAUAUUGCAGGAACAAGUUGGAGGCCAUUGAAGAAAAGAACUGCAACAACUACUUUAAUCUUCUUGUUAUUGUUGUUGAUCUUCUUUGUUGCUGCGUUGGUAUCUGCAGGCUGGAUCGAUGCUUUUAUAUUUUCAGGCGCUACAACAACCACAAACACAAGCACACCCAAGAGACCUGAAUUCCCACUGCAGUGUACCGAAGGAAUUAAUGUGACACAAGGUUGUCCAAGAACCUACCCUACCAGACACGACCCCACAAAUCCUAGCCGUCCAUCCAAUCUCACAUGCCCAUCAUACUUCCGAUGGAUCCACGAAGAUCUACGUCCAUGGAAAGAGACAGGAAUCACGAGGGACAUGAUAGAGCGGGCUCGCAGGACUGCACAUUUUAGGCUCUUGAUCGUGGAUGGCAAGGCUUACAUAGAGAAGUAUAGAGAAUCCAUACAAACUAGGGAUAUGUUUACGUUAUGGGGCAUUUUGCAGCUUCUAAGGGUGUAUCCCGGCAGAUUGCCUGACUUGGAGCUCAUGUUUGACUGUGAUGAUCGGCCCGUUGUCCGAUCAAAGGACUUUCGGAGCCCGAAUGCUGGCCCGCCACCAUUGUUUCGAUACUGCUCGGACGAGGGGAGCUUGGAUAUUGUGUUCCCAGAUUGGUCUUUUUGGGGCUGGGCUGAGACCAAUAUAAAACCAUGGAGAAGCCUAUUGCCAAGCAUAAAAGAAGGCAAUAAAAGAACAAAGUGGAAGGACAGGGUGCCAUAUGCUUAUUGGAAAGGUAACCCAAAUGUGGCUCCAACCAGAAAGGACCUUCUCAAAUGCAAUGUCUCAGACAAAAAUGACUGGAACACACGCCUGUAUAUUCAGAAUUGGGAGCAAGAAUCUAAACAAGGGUACAAGGAUUCAAACCUAGAAAACCAGUGCAAGCACAGGUACAAAAUUUAUAUAGAAGGAUGGGCAUGGUCUGUAAGUGAAAAAUACAUCAUGGCAUGUGAUGCUAUGACCUUGUAUGUAAGGCCUCGCUAUUACGAUUUCUUCAUGAGAGGCAUGGAGCCAUUGCAGCACUUUUGGCCUAUUAGGGACAACAGCAAAUGCACUUCUCUCAAGUUUGCUGUGGAAUGGGGCAAUAAUCACAAAGACAAGGCGAAGGCGAUUGGGGAGGCUGCGAGCAACUUCAUACAAGAAGAUCUAAAGAUGGACUAUGUGUAUGAUUACAUGUUUCAUGUGCUAAAUGAAUAUGCAAAGCUCUUGAAAUUCAAACCAACUAUACCUUCCAAUGCAGUGGAACUGUGCUCAGAAAAAAUGGCAUGCCAUGCAACUGGUACGUGGAAGAAGUUCAUGGUGGAGUCUAUGGUGGAGCAUCCUACUGAUGAACUCCCAUGCACUCUGCCUCCUCCAUAUGAUCCUCCGGCUCUCCACGAUUUUCUUGAGAGAAGGGCUAAUUCAACUAGGCAAGUGGAAACUUGGGAAAAUGAAUAUUGGCGAAGUAUUGAAAAAAAAAAAACAAUAGUGUUGUAAAGAAAGUGGUGGAGCUCACAUAAAGAACGGAAGAAAAGAAUGAAUCAAUUUGUCUGUCAUCUUCCCUUGUAAUUAAACGAAUAUCACGGGUGCUCUAGCCGAUUUAAAGGCUUCACCUCUUCAUUGCUAGACAGUGAGAAGAAGUGAGAAGUGAUAACACAAUGAGUUGAGAGAAGAAAAGAGAGUGAGAAAUAUGAGAAUGAGUGAGUUCUAUAUGAGAGGAAAUUCUGUCAAUGUAAACACCACAAGAGCAAAUACAAUUCUACUCCAAAUAUUCAAUAGUACUUUUCAUACUCUGAUUAUUUU